AUGGACGAGCUUCUCACGCCGAUCAGCACCACUUACCUGAAGCCGAAGGUGGCAGAGGCACCACUUCUCACCGAAGUUACGUCUCAGAACAAGCAAAUUACUCAAGCUGCCUCGGCGGCGGAUAAAAUAACUUCUCCCGACGAAGCUUUAGACACGCUAAAGAACCAGCCGAGUUAUGACGCUCUGCUUGCCACCCUAGAAUUUCUCACCAACAGUGAGGGUUCAAAGAACAGCAAUUUCAGUCUUCAUAUACCAAGUCCGAAGAGCGCGGCUAUAGUGAAGAUACUGGUGACUGAAAUUGCGCACAACUAUUGGCCACUGUUCUCUGCUUCCGGCGAUGGCGACACAGACGGCACGCUUCGCCCUAAAGAAGCGUUUGUCAGCUGCCUCAGCAGCGUCACAGGAGUCAACGCUAUCUUAUCCCAUAUGGUAGCUUUGAUAAAUGAGGUGAAGAGUAGUAGCAAAGGGAUCUCUCGCUCUGACUUGACACUUCAUCUGGAGAUUUUCCUUGACCUUCUUUCUACAAUCCUUGACGGCGAUCAUGCAGCCCAGCAGUUAUGGACGACAUCUACCAAGGAACUCACAAACGACCUAUUAAAGAAGGGUCAAACCCAAACAUUCAUCUCAUUAUUGACAAACGGACGCAUCGUGUCAGUUGCUGCUGAAGCUCUUACUCUAGUAGGGGAGGGGCAACUCCGCAAUAUGCCUAGAUGGACUGCUGAUGGGCUGGAGUAUACUCUGUGGCUUGGACGAAACGCAAUCCGUUGGGCAAAGUUGGAGUCUUCAGAUACAGAAAUGCAAAUUUGCUCUGAUCUAGUGCUGAGGGGAGGCUCGCUGGGCUAUGGUGAGAGGCUGUUCAAAUUCGUCAUUGACGAUAUAUUACUUACCAAAGGAGCCGAUCCGAAUAUCUUUGACAAACUACUAUUAAACCAACUACAAGCAGCAAGGAAGGUGCUGUACAUUCUCCUGGACCAUUUAUCAAACAGGUUCUUAGACCGUCUACAGCCUGAAGAUCCAUCCGCAGGUUCAAUCAUUUCGGCGGCUGCCGGUAUUAUUGAUUCUGUGACCCAAGGCGAUAGGGUGAGAGAAUCUCAUCUGAUAAAGUGGUGUUCCUCCUCGUCCGGAGCAGGUCUCGGGCACGGGGUUGGGAUCAGGAGGGCAGUCCUAGCGGCCCUCUCCAAAAACAAAGAAAACAUCAGAACUGUCCUGGAAAAAUCGGUAUCUCAGUUCGGCGACGAGCUAUACAUUAAACACGCCGCUAUCCUACAGCAAAAUGGCAAUGCUGGGUAUGUUUCUCGAUCACUGCCAAUUAAACUGGCAAUGUUGCUUAGGUCGGCGCCAUACUUGCGAACCAUCUCCAACCGCAUCGCUGCAACACAGAGUCGUGCUCGAUUCCUUGGCAUGGUUGUCGGCGAAACCCUCUCAGGUCUACUUGAUAGCAGUGAUAAAAAGCUCGAUUUCCACAUGGAUGACAUGGAGUUUGCGGAUAUGGGAAGUCUCAAGGAACUAUCCAAGAUUUCGGACAGUAUUGGAUCUGCAGAGCCACUUCUCUCAGCUCGCCAGCAACCUCCUCCCCAGCUACAACCAACCACAACAUCAAAGAAAGUGCCAAAGAAGAAGCCAAAGCCAGCUUCGCCUACUGUUCAACCUAAAUCUAUCAUUCAAGAAAUAGAUUCUUCCGGGGAGGAAGAUGCAGACGAAGAUUUGGUUCCAUACGCCAAACACUCGGAUCCAGAAGAUUCAGAUGAUGACCCAACACUCAUUCAGCGAAAUCGGGUGAAACCACCGGUUUACGUUCGCGAUCUGAUUGCCUUUUUCCGGGACUCGGAGUCCUAUGAUAAACAAAACUUGGCCCUACAGACAGCCCCAUCGCUUAUCCGACGCAAAGCCAACUAUGGUGCCGAAGUCAGCUCGCACGCGGACGAGCUGGCUGGUUUACUCGUGGGUUUACAGGACAAGUUUGAUAUAGAAGAAUUCCAAGACCUCCGGCAACAAAGCAUGAUUGCUUUGAUUGUCUCGCAACCCAAGACGAUGGCUCCUUGGUUCGCACGCACAUAUUUCGAGGGCGACUAUUCCCUAGCUCAGCGCACUCAAAUAAUAGUUGCGCUAGGUCUCUCAGCGCGAGAGCUUGCCGGGUACGAUAUCUCGCAGUACCAAUCGUCCGCAUCGUUCCCCUCAAAGAAGCUCCCGGAGAAGAUCGAACAGCUCUACAUCAGCGAGGUAAAGGCUGAGGAUCAUUCACCCGCCUCUCGCCUCAAGCCAUUGCCGCCUACAGCCCUCGACAACAUCGCAACUUCGGUUACGUCCGCGUUCCUCGAACCCCUAGCAGCAGAGGCUGCAGACACGGCCACCGGGCCCGACGUACUGAAGCUGCAGACGUUCACUGCCAGGUACAAGUCCAAAUCCGCAAAGCGGCCCCGCGUCCGAGCCAUCCCGAACACCACAGCUGGCCUUCUGGCAUCGUCCUUCUUCUCGCCGCUCACUGCUCAUUUCAGCGUGGCUCUGCAUUCCCGCAGGCCAAUGAUUCUAAACCCGGCUCUUCUCGGGCUCUACCUACAAACCCUCGGUAUAAUCGUCCAUGCCGCCGGCCCAUCGACUCUCUCCCUCCCACAGCUGACCUCGGAGCUGUGGUCUCUCCUCCUGGGAACCAGGCAGCACGUGGUCGGGGAUCUCGGCUCGCUGAAGGGAUGGUUCGUUGCCAUGGCCGCCCUGAUAGAGGUCAACGAGGGCGACAUGCGCCGGCUCUGCCAGGAGCUGGGGAGAGAGGUGGUCGAGACGCGGGAGUGGGCCAGCGGGGUGUUCGAGAGGAUGAGGGGGGAGGACGGCGGCGAUGAGAACCACGUCAAGAUGCUCGCAGCGGGUGUUCUCAUCCGGCUGGGCGAGGCGAUUGAGAAGUAUCAGGCUUUAUUGAUGGGAGACUUGAUUGGGUAUACAUAG